AUGUGGCUACCCAAGUUGAAGCAGGCUUCACGCAAAAAACGCAAGAUUGCAGCGCUGCACUGGGCAAAGAGGAAUUGGAAUCUUACUCUGCAGCUGCACAAAUCAAACUCCGAUCAGUUGAGAGAGGAGCUGAAGCUGCUGCUGUUCAUUUGUGUGCUGGCGGGGAGUGCUCCGAUUGCAGUCUUUCCUCGCUACCGAAGCCGAUGCUAUGAUGCAGUGCAGCAAUCUUGGCUGAUCGUGUUGUAUGCCUGGCUGUGUUUUGCCGCCUACUGGGAACUGUUGCACGGUAAUAUAAAACUCAGUGACCUAGAGCAAAAGUUCUAUGGCAUCGAAUCGAUGACGUAUCUCAUCCAUGUGCCCUGCAUAAUGAUACUCAGUGUUAGCUGGAAGCAAAAGAUUUGCGCUGUAUUUGAUCGAAUUGCGCAAUUUGAUUUGGCCAGUGGUUAUAUUGUGGAACGUCGAAACAUCGGUCCUUGUAUACGCAAACAUUUGCUUGUGGUGCUGAUCCUCACUAGUUGCUAUAUUCCAAUCUCGUAUUGCUUCUGUCAAUAUGAGGUUAAUAGGACUAUAAUCGACUUGAGCACAUUUGUGCUACCCAACAUCCUGAGCGGCAUUUCAUUUAUACCUUACUUCAUAAUGUUGCAAGGAGUCUGCCGUCGUAUGCACUGUAUAACUGUGACUUUGGAAGCGGAGCUUCGACAAGAAUUUCCCAUUCAACGUGAUCAUCUUAACCAGCUGCGAUGGCAGCACAUUAAUCUGCUGCAAUUUACAAAGGCAGUGAAUCAAACCUUUGGCGUCUCCAUAUUGUGUGUCUAUGUAAGCUCCUUCUUCAAUGUCAACACGAAUCUGUUUCUGGCUUACAAGAAUAUUGAGAAUCCCGAUGUGUCCGAUUGGGCGUGGUGGACGUACAUUCUUCUCUGGCUAUUUAUGCACUCAGCCAAGGUGUUUAUAAUACUCUUCUUUAACCAAGCAAUCCAACAAGAGCAAACCAACUGCUUGACAUUGUUAAGUAAGUUUCAAGCUUGUAGCGAAGAUUUGCUGGAAGCCAUCAAUCACUUUAUGCUGCAGUUGCAAGCCAAUGUGCGAGCUUAUGUUGCCUGUGGUCUAAUUGUGUUAGAUUACAAAUUUAUUACGGCGCUUUUAAUGGCCACCACAAAUGUUUUCAUAUUCUUUCUGCAAUACGAAAUUACUUAUCAAGCGCUGGCGGUUGCCGCCAACGAGACAAAAAUUUGA